CGGACAUGUGCACGCGCUCUGGGGAGCGGCUCAAACCCAGGGACCUUUCUCCGAGGCCUCGGUGGCCGGGAAAUUCGGUGGUCAUGCGGACAACAGGGUCACCGUGGCGGUCGUGUUCCCUGUACCUCCUUCCCACCUGCCUCGGUCUCCCCUUCCAGACACGAGGAUACACUGUUCCAGAACAAAAUCCAGGAGACUGACCUACUGGGUAAAGUAAGAAGGAGCCAGGAAGUUGCUAUUCUGUUCACUGCCCCCCCCACCCCCGCCCUUUUCAUCUUGUUGGUAACUGUGGAGCCCAGCUUCAGACAAACUCAGAAAAGGUGAACGAUGCUCAUGGAGUUGUUUCCAGGGGGAUCCAGGACCAGCUAAACUCGAAAUGGGCCCUUCGCCACCUGUGUGUGCGCCUGGGGUUUCACCUGCUUUGAAUCGGGAUGAUCUAAUAACGUCCGAUUGGACUGGGAGAGUACAAAUGGGUUUGUUAAUUGGAUGAAAACAUUACAUUUUAUGAGACUUCUGUGAACCACAGCUUGAUGACUGAGGCCGUCCUCUGGCUUAAAGCCUUAUCUGUGAUCUGUUCUUCUUUUUGAACAUGUGUCUCCGUUAAUUUCUAUCAGGGUGUGCGGGGCUGACUAGUCUCCGGCAUUCGAGAGCUGGGUGCUAUAACUCCUUGGUCUUCGCCCGACCUGUUGUGAACUUACGCCCUGUGACGCCAGAUAUCCUCUGCCUCCGAUAUCCAGGUUCCAUGAGAGGAACUAUAGUUCGUUUCACGAUAUUUUAGCACAUCCAAGUUCUUCGAAAAUCGAUACCACUGUGAACGGAGAACCAACCCCUGAAACGGUUGAGGUUCUAGACUAAGACCCUGAGGGCUGCGGUUCUGUUCGUUCGCUUUGCUGUGUCCAUGUGGCCGGACCGAGGGCAUCACAGUCCUUGUCAGAUAAGGACGUUGGACUGGUCAGGGCUGGUCAGUGGUUCCGGAACUUUAGCAGGCAUGAGAAUCUCCUGGAGGGUUUGCGCAAACCCGGGUUGUGCCUUCACCCCCCGAGGGCACAAAGUAUGAUUCUGAAGGUCUGGGCUGGGGCCUGAGCAUCUGCAUUUCUUAUCGAUCUCAGGAGAUGCUGAGCUUGCUGGUCUAGAUAACCUUUUAAGUCCUCUCCAGCUCAAACACUUUGAUUCUGUGCUCCUCUGUGAAGCAUCAAGAGGGGCCUUGUAACACUUCUCAAAGGGAUGUUUGAGACCGUUGCUGCGCGUUCACGUCACAGGCGUUUUGUGUCACCCUUCCCUUGUGCUUCUGCGGAAUUCCAGUCACCGCCCUGGGGUCCUGUUUCUCCAGCAGCUCACUCCGGCCACGGAAAAAGCUGUUAGCGGUCGGCCUACAGAGGCCACAUCACAUUCCCAGUCUGCAGCCAUCCCGGGCCGAGGGACGGUGCCCGGUGGUCCUCCCUUCCCUCUUUCAGCGUGUAAUCUGAAGUGUGGACUCUUGGGAGGUUUCUUGCAGUACGUCCUGGGGAGCAGAUGGUGCUUACCUACCAGCACGUAUCUCAGCUCUGACUCCAGCGCUUACUGCUUCUGGCACCUCGGAAAAGUCACGUUCCCUCUCUAAGCCUCAACUUUCUCGUCUGUUAAAUGGGGUUAAUAACAGCAUCUGAAGUCUUGUUCUAAGGACUGAAUGAAACAAUCCAUGUAGAGUGCUUGGCUCAGUACCAGGUACAUAGUAAGUGUUAGAGAGAUGACGGUUUUAUCAGAUAGCAUCAGGGCAGUGUUUCAUUUUUUUAAAAAAUAUUUUUAAAUUUAUUCUUGAGAAAGAGCGAGAGACAGAGCGUGAGCAGGUCAGGGGCAGAAACAGAGGGAGACACAGAAUCGGAAGCAGGCUCCAGGCUCCGAGCUGUCCGCGCAGAGCCCGACGCGGGGCUCGAACCCACAGACCGCGAGAUCGUGACCUGAGCUGAAGUCGGCCGCUUAACCGACUGAGCCACCCAGGAUCAGGGCAAUGGUUAGAUGGGAAAACAAGGUCAGCAGGGAUUAGAGAUGACAAUAAUACAACUACUCUGUAUAAACCGUGGGCCAGGCUUUUGAAAUACUACUCACUUUCACCAUUAAAUAGGGGGGAAAAAACAGACCUGCCAUUUAAGUCUAUUGAAAUUCACUUUAAUAACUAAAUUCUCUCUACCUAAAAGGAAUAGGAAGCAGCACUGUCAAACAAAAAAAGACAUUUAAGAAUAAAACAGAACCUAGAUGAUGACUUCUAAAACAAAUGGAUGUCCAAUAAGCAUGUAUUUACUGUAUUUCACAAGCUCUAAGGCAACCACAUUUUUACAUUUUAAUACCUCUGAAAUCACAGUUAAUGACAUCUCAAUAAUUUGCAGGGUAGCCAUUCUGUUUUUCUUUUUUAACAGCACGUAAAGUAAUGAUAUAAAAAUCGAUGGUAUUUUAGGUUCAUGAAACAAAACUUUCAGUAAAUUAAUUUGGUAAUUCCAUUUCUCGGUGAAUUAUUUCUGUGAUCGUCCCAUUUGUUACCUAGGUCUUGAGAGAAAAAAAUUUAUCAAGUUGAUCGUUGGCUAAAGGAAUCGUGGUUUUAAAGAAACACUUCUGGGCGUGCCUGGGUGACUCAGUUAAGUGUCCGACUUCGGCUCAGGUCAUGAUCUCACGGUUCGUGAGUUCGAGCCCCACGUCGGGCUCUGUGCUGGGAGCCUGGAGCCUGCUUCCGAUUCUGUGUCUCUCUCUCUGCCCCUCCCCUGCUUGCUCUCUGUGUCUCUCUCUCAAAACUAAACAUUAACAAAAAUUUUAAAAAUAAAUGCUUACCUUGUUUUUUGAGGGCAGAAAGGGAAAAUAUUGGAGAGAAAGAAAGGUUGGGUGUGUUAAACAUCACUGUGCUUUUAACAUCAGUAAACUAGAACCGAUGAGGUUGUGUUUCCCAUUGUACACUGUUAAAUGGUCCUAUUUCCUCAUUUAAAAAUAGUGCUUCUUGCGCUAGGCUUUCUACUUCUGGACGUUGUCAGGUGACGUCGGGUGCUUUCCAAACCUAAUUCCACUCUGGAAGGGUGUGGGCAUAAUGUAGAUCACAGAGCAGUGGAGACAUACAUUUAUAUCACGGGGCACUGGUGUGGAGUGUUACCCCGGACCAGUUGUUCUAGAUGGGUAUCCUGCCUUUGAUUCCUGGGCACCAGAUGUUAAGGAAGAUAUAAAUCCCUCAUCGUGUACUGAAUUUCACAAUGGUCCACCCCUGAGAGAAGAGUACGGACUGACCUCUGUCUGUCUCUAUCCUAGAAAUGUCGGAAUAGUGACACUGCUGUUGAGACUGUGCAGGAAAAUUAAAUGCUGCCUCAGGCAGUGUGUGUGUGUGUGUGUGUGUGUGUGUGUGUGUGUGUGUGUGUGAAAAAUUAUCAGAGAUAAAAGUUAAAAAUUUAAUUUGGGGUGAUGGUUGAGGUCAGGGAGAGUUACUGUUUUGAAAGUGCUCUUUAAAAGUGUAUGGGAUACCUGGGUGGCUCAGUCGGUUAAGCCAUAGACUUCGUCUCAGGUCAUGAUCUCACAGUUCGUGGGUUCGAGCCCUGCCUCGGGCUCUGUGCGGACAGCUCGGAGCCUGAAGCCUGCUUCGGAUUCUGUGUCUCCCUCCCUCUCUGCCCCUCCCCUGCUCACUUUCUGUCUCUCUUUCUCUCAAAAAUAAUAAACAUCAAAAAAAAUUUAAAAGUUUUGACCUGCUGGCAACACCAAUAAUAUUUUGUCAAACUUGUGAAGUUGAGGGAGUGAGAAAGGAGAAGCUGGUGCGAAUGAGCUGGUGACAUGAACUAAAGAAAGGAGGAAAGGAUAAGAGUUCUCGAAAUAUGCCCCCAGAGGGUAACCGUCCUCCGUUGACACAAAGGCAUCAUAUACUCAGGUCCUCGGAGAUGGCCGUGUCUUAGAAUAUUUACGCCUCCAGCGUCGCUCCUAUAAUGUGUCCACCAAAUGAAAAGGACCCUGGAUUCACGGGUGCCCAGAACUUGAGCUGCAGGAGAGGUUUGUCUUACAAGUGAGGAGAGGGUGUGGGGCCAGGGAACAUCAGGGAGUGUAUUUGGGAGUCUCGGUGGUAGAGACUGUCCCGGGUUCCCCCAACUGUCUUGCUUUGAAGUUCCCUAUUGGUCAAAAGACGAUUGCAUAAAUAAGACUGAGUUAGACUAAAGAGCUUGUUGCCUUCGUAGAAGUUGGUUGGGUUGCCAGGGAAGCCUCCUCCGGCUGGCUUCAGCAGAAAUGGGGAAUUAUUGGAGGGAGGCUGAAGCAUUGCCCAGAACUGGAGGAAGAGCUGAGCAAGCAAAGCCGUGGUGGGAAGGGACCUGGGUGGCCUCCGAUCUGCUGCUGUCGCCUCAGCCCUGUGUCCUCGCCACUCUGCCUCCGCGAGGCAGGCGUCCCCUAGAGCGGCGUCUGCCCGCACGGGCCUUGCUCACCAGUCGUCCCGUCCUGAGCUUCACAUUGACUUGUUGGCCUCUGGAGAUUUUUAAGAUGAUGCCCAAGGCCUAACCCCCGGAGAUUCUGACACAGCGGGUCGGGGGUAGAGCCCGGACACGUGCAUUAUUUUUAAAAGCCCCCACGUUGUCCCGAGGCAUAGACAAGGUUAAGGAUCGUGGUCUUACACGUUGAUAGAACAAAUACAGAGCGUACUGUUUGGAGCACGGCAGCUGAAAAUAUGUUUAAAAGAAUUAAGAAUGAGAAAUCGAGGGGCGCCUGGGUGGCUCAGCCGGUUAAGUGUCUGCUUCUUGAUCUGGGUCAGGUCGUGAUCUCCCGGUUCGUGAGUUCGAGCCCCAUGUCGGGCUCUGUGCUGACCGUCUGGAGCCUGCUUGGGAUUCGUUCUCUUCCCUCUCUUUCUGCCCCUCCCCUGUUCUCUCUCUCUCUCUCUCUUUCUCUCUCAAAAAUAUAUAAAUAAGCAUUAAAAAAAAAAAAAGGAGAGAUCUAGAAAGGAUACAUUAAGUAAUAGUAAGGCACUUGUAGGUAACCACAGGGAAGUAAAAUUACCAAGAGCCCUCCCAGACCGUGCUGGCUCAGCUCCCUUCUCUGGGUGUGUUACCUCCCUUCACCCUUAAAGCGGCCUCACCUCCAGAUAGGGGACAAUAGCCUCAUUUUCCCAACCAAUUGACUGAGACUGAGGGGUUAGAUACCCUCCCAAGGCCCAGUAGCUUGGGAUUCAAACUCAGCCCGCGCCCACAGUUCUUUGACAAACACAGCCAUCAGACCGAGAAGGCAAAGACUCUAAGUGGCCUCUCUGAGACCCGUGUUCCCGUGUGGGACACGCAGGGGCUGCGGGGAGGGGACCCCACCUGUCUGGAGGUUGGAGCAGCCAACAGUGACAUGCCUGACGGGAAGGCCGUUGAACGUUGGGAUCCGUUGCCAAGGGAGAACACGUUUUGUAGUAAAAAUGCUGGGCGAGAAAGAGGAUCUCAAUUAUUGCAAGAAAAGCAGAACUUGCUGGGCGUUCAAGGCUAAUUAACGGAAAUGUGAAGAAUGCAAGUGUGUGAGAGCCUGAACCUAAGAGUGGUUUUGUUCAAAGAGGAGAAAGAAAUGGUGGGGGUGGGGGUGGGGGGGAUGAAAUGUUGAAAUUUGUCUUUUUUAGGAAGUUGAGAUAUUGUGUAGUGUUUGGGGAGAAGAAUGGGAAGCCUAAAUCUGAAUGGUCUGUUGAUAUGGUACUUCUUCUAAAAAUAACCGAGUAGAAUAGGCUUCACCGAAGAGUCUAGAAAGCAUCCCCUCUGCCUGGGUGACUUGGAAACGGCCGUGCUUUUAACACAGAGGAUUGGACAACAGGCCUCCCAAGGGUUCUUGAAGAAAGAAUCUGUAAUCCUUUUGGGUUUAACCAUUAGGCAAAUUUAGUUUCCUGGUUUCAGAAAGAGAAAACACACCCACAGAAAGAAAAACCCAGGCCCGUGGGAACAAGUAACUUCCUCCUCCUGGGGGUGCUUGAAAACCCUAAUCUGUCUGCCAUGAGUCCCUCUCCUGCCCAGCAUGAGGCUGGCUGGGGAGGCAUCCAAGAGGCCAAGGGGUGGUGGAGACAGAGCGUGCCAGCUGGGAUAAGGAACUAAACACACUUCGGCUGAGAGGAAAUAUGGGAUGUAUAAAAUCAAAAAGGAAAGACAAUCUGAAUGGCGAUGGAGUAGAUUUGAAGCCUCAACCAGUACGUAAUACUGACCGAACUAUUUAUGUGAGAGAUCCAACGUCCAAUAAACAGCAAAGGCCAGUUCCAGAAUCUCAGCUUUUACCAGGACAGAGGUUUCAAACCAAAGAUCCAGAGGAGCAAGGAGACAUUGUGGUAGCCUUGUACCCCUACGAUGGCAUCCAUCCAGACGACCUGUCGUUCAAGAAAGGAGAGAAGAUGAAAGUCCUGGAGGAACAUGGAGAAUGGUGGAAAGCUAAAUCCCUUUCAACGAAGAGAGAAGGUUUCAUCCCCAGCAACUACGUAGCCAAAGUCAACACCUUGGAAACGGAAGAGUGGUUUUUCAAGGACAUAACCAGGAAAGACGCCGAAAGGCAGCUUCUUGCGCCCGGGAACAGUGCUGGGGCUUUUCUUAUCAGAGAAAGUGAAACGUUAAAAGGAAGCUUCUCUCUUUCUGUCAGAGAUUAUGACCCUGUGCAUGGUGAUGUUAUUAAGCACUACAAAAUUAGAAGUCUGGACAAUGGGGGUUAUUACAUCUCUCCACGAAUCACUUUCCCUUGUAUCAGUGACAUGAUUAAGCAUUACCAAAAGCAGUCAGAUGGCUUGUGCAGAAGGUUGGAGAAGGCGUGUAUUAGUCCCAAACCGCAAAAGCCAUGGGACAAAGACGCCUGGGAGAUCCCACGGGAGUCCAUCAAGUUGGUGAAAAGGCUCGGUGCUGGGCAGUUCGGAGAAGUCUGGAUGGGUUACUAUAACAACAGUACCAAAGUGGCUGUAAAAACCCUGAAACCAGGCACCAUGUCUGUGCAAGCAUUCCUGGAGGAGGCCAACCUCAUGAAGACCCUUCAGCAUGACAAGCUGGUGAGGCUGUAUGCCGUGGUCACCAGAGAGGAGCCUAUCUACAUCAUCACCGAAUACAUGGCCAAGGGCAGUCUGCUGGAUUUCCUGAAGAGUGACGAAGGGGGCAAAGUCCUGCUUCCAAAGCUCAUUGACUUCUCUGCUCAGAUUGCAGAGGGAAUGGCAUACAUCGAGAGGAAGAACUACAUUCACCGAGAUCUACGAGCAGCAAACGUUCUGGUCUCUGAGUCACUCAUGUGCAAAAUUGCGGAUUUUGGGCUCGCUCGCGUGAUCGAGGACAAUGAGUACACAGCAAGGGAAGGUGCCAAAUUCCCCAUUAAGUGGACGGCUCCAGAAGCGAUCAACUUUGGAUGUUUCACGAUUAAGUCUGAUGUGUGGUCCUUUGGAAUUCUCCUGUAUGAAAUCGUCACCUACGGGAAAAUUCCCUACCCAGGGCGAACUAAUGCCGACGUGAUGACCGCCCUGUCGCAGGGCUACCGGAUGCCCCGCAUGGAGAACUGCCCCGACGAGCUCUAUGACAUCAUGAAAAUGUGCUGGAAAGAAAAGGCAGAAGAGAGGCCGACGUUUGAUUACUUACAGAGUGUCCUGGAUGAUUUCUACACGGCCACGGAAGGGCAGUAUCAGCAGCAGCCUUGACGCCCGGGGAGGCUCGUGGCCAUCGGCUGGGACGGCUGCCUCAUUCGAGAGGAAAACGUGACCGUCGCUGGUUGUGCUAGUCUUUCAUAUGCUAGGAUCAUCUACCGGCCCUGCUUCCUGAAAGCGAGGCCGAGUUACUCAGGAAGAACACUCUCGACAUGGGCAAGUAUUCUCUUUCUCAUCGGCCGAUGCCCACCGGCAGCCGCGCGGACCGCACCCAGCCGGCAACCUUGCUUCGCUAGACCGACGUCUGCCUUCGGAGAAGAAGCCACCUGUUCUGUCCAACAGGCACCCACCUCGGCCUCUUGUUUACAACUCCAUGUGGGACUCAUGGGCGCAGAGGCCCUCGCAGUGAAUCUCAAACAGUAGCAGAGUGAAACUCAUUCCUAAAAAGCGAAGUAACCAGACGCAGAUCACGACCCUCGUUUGCAUUUUCUCUCUGCCUUGGCUUAUCUGUUAAAAAGAAAAAAAAGAAAAAAAAAAUUACUAAUCCGAUCUGUUACGUUUUGCAGCUGAAGUCAGAAGGUUAAAAUGGUCUCUCCCAGAUUGCAGUGAUUUCCCCUGCCCCUAAAGUCUGAGGCUGUUAAAGAUUUUCCUUCCACGGAGACGGCUGGGAACUCCCAGACACGAAGCGUGCUCUUCUGUUCUGUUUCCUAUAGGAGUGUGUGUGGUUUGUGAGUGUGCACAGAUGUCGUGUGUCACCACACAGACCCCACCGACAUCCAGGGCUGGCCCAGACCUCCCAGGAAAGAGAGAAGAACCAAAGGAACUGCUGUACCCUCAGAAGGAAUAUUUUUAACGGCCCAGCUUUUCAAUUCCCCAGUUUCCUAUCUGAGAGACUUUUUUGACCAUGUACUUUGGGUCAAACAAUAAGAUUCUAAUCUCUGCAGAGCCUUAUAAAAGGCCUUCUAAGACAUAAGAAUUCUCUUUAUUGCUUCCAAUGAUUUGAACGUUAUUUUAACGAUGAAAUGUUAAUUUUCGUUGUACUCGAGAAAGUAAAAACGCCAUAUUUGGGUCUAUUUUUGUGAUUCAGCCAUCUUUUCUAAAUUGUGUAAGGUGUGGGUGGGACUAUUUAUACGAGGAUACGAAAGGAACGGAAGUGACUGAAAGGCUCAAAUGAGCUCCUGCAGCAAGGGAGGCGAGAGGUCUUGUUUACUAAGUUGUUCUACUGUGAGCUUCGAAUAGAAAAUGCUACAUCACAUCGUGUUUCACUUAUGCUGUUGUGUAUAUACCUAAUAUUGCUGUUUUUUUGAUUUUAUUUGAAUACACCUGGCCCAGUAACAUCUCAA